GCUGAAGCAGCCCUCUUUCUCUCACUGUCCACGCUUCUACAGCUCGAGGGUUCCCAGUCUAUCGAUUUCAAGACUCCAUUUCUUAGUUUAGAGAUUUUUAUAAUGGGUAAGGAGAAGGUUCACAUUAACAUUGUGGUCAUUGGCCACGUCGAUUCUGGCAAGUCAACCACUACUGGUCACUUGAUCUACAAGCUUGGUGGUAUUGACAAGCGUGUGAUUGAGAGAUUUGAGAAGGAGGCUGCUGAGAUGAACAAAAGAUCAUUCAAGUAUGCCUGGGUGCUGGACAAGCUUAAGGCUGAGCGUGAGCGUGGUAUCACCAUUGAUAUUGCUCUCUGGAAGUUUGAGACCACCAAGUACUACUGCACUGUCAUUGAUGCUCCUGGACACCGUGACUUUAUCAAGAACAUGAUUACUGGUACCUCACAGGCUGACUGUGCUGUUCUGAUUAUUGACUCCACCACUGGUGGUUUUGAAGCUGGUAUCUCCAAGGAUGGUCAGACCCGUGAGCAUGCUUUGCUUGCCUUUACCCUUGGUGUGAAGCAGAUGAUCUGCUGUUGCAAUAAGAUGGAUGCCACAACUCCAAAAUACUCCAAGGCAAGGUAUGAUGAAAUUGUUAAGGAAGUCUCAUCCUACUUGAAGAAGGUUGGUUACAACCCUGACAAGAUCCCAUUUGUCCCCAUCUCUGGUUUUGAGGGUGACAACAUGAUUGAGAGGUCUACAAACCUUGACUGGUACAAGGGUCCUACCCUCCUUGAGGCUCUUGACUUGAUCCAGGAGCCCAAGAGACCCUCAGACAAGCCUCUUCGUCUCCCACUUCAGGAUGUCUACAAGAUUGGUGGCAUUGGAACUGUCCCUGUUGGUCGUGUUGAGACUGGUAUCCUCAAGCCUGUAAAUCUAACGGCUGGUGGAGAAACCCUAAUUGGUGCAAAACCUCAGUCACCACUACUUAAAGCAAAGGUAGCUCCAACCCCUCCUUCGCUCCGCUUGCUGCCUUCUUUCUCUGUGAGAGAGCUUAUUGGGUCAAGCGAUUUCAACUCUAUUUUAGCUUUCAGAUUCUUUCAGAAACUUUAUAAUAUGGGUAAGGAGAAGGUUCACAUCAACAUUGUGGUCAUUGGCCAUGUCGACUCUGGCAAGUCAACCACAACUGGUCACUUGAUCUACAAGCUUGGUGGUAUUGACAAGCGUGUGAUUGAGAGGUUCGAGAAGGAGGCUGCUGAGAUGAACAAAAGGUCAUUCAAGUAUGCCUGGGUGCUGGACAAGCUUAAGGCUGAGCGUGAGCGUGGUAUCACCAUUGAUAUUGCUCUCUGGAAGUUUGAGACCACCAAGUACUACUGCACUGUCAUUGAUGCUCCUGGACAUCGUGACUUUAUCAAGAACAUGAUUACUGGUACCUCACAGGCUGACUGUGCUGUUCUGAUUAUUGAUUCCACCACUGGUGGUUUUGAAGCUGGUAUCUCCAAGGAUGGUCAGACUCGUGAGCAUGCUUUGCUUGCCUUUACUCUUGGUGUGAAGCAGAUGAUUUGCUGCUGCAACAAGAUGGACGCCACAACUCCAAAAUACUCCAAGGCAAGGUAUGAUGAAAUUGUUAAGGAAGUCUCAUCCUACUUGAAGAAGGUUGGUUACAAUCCUGACAAGAUCCCAUUUGUCCCCAUCUCUGGUUUUGAGGGUGACAACAUGAUUGAGAGGUCUACAAACCUUGACUGGUACAAGGGUCCUACCCUCCUUGAGGCUCUUGACUUGAUCCAGGAGCCCAAGAGACCCUCAGACAAGCCUCUUCGUCUCCCACUUCAGGAUGUCUACAAGAUUGGUGGCAUUGGAACUGUCCCUGUUGGUCGUGUUGAGACUGGUAUCCUCAAGCCUGGUAUGGUUGUGACCUUCGGUCCAUCUGGUCUCACCACUGAAGUUAAGUCUGUUGAGAUGCACCAUGAAGCCCUCCAGGAGGCUCUCCCUGGUGACAAUGUUGGGUUUAACGUGAAGAAUGUUGCCGUGAAGGAUCUGAAACGAGGUUUUGUUGCUUCAAACUCUAAGGAUGAUCCUGCCAAGGAGGCUGCCAACUUCACCUCUCAGGUCAUCAUCAUGAACCACCCUGGCCAGAUUGGUAACGGAUAUGCCCCAGUGCUUGACUGUCACACCUCUCACAUUGCCGUGAAAUUCGCUGAGCUGCUGACCAAGAUAGACAGACGAUCUGGUAAGGAGCUUGAGAAGGAGCCCAAAUUCUUGAAGAAUGGUGAUGCAGGUAUGGUUAAGAUGAUUCCCACCAAGCCCAUGGUCGUGGAGACCUUCUCAGAGUACCCACCUCUUGGACGUUUUGCUGUGAGGGACAUGCGCCAGACUGUUGCUGUUGGUGUCAUCAAGAAUGUUGAGAAGAAGGAUCCAUCUGGUGCCAAGGUGACCAAGUCUGCAGCCAAGAAGGGUGGCAAAUGAGGGCUGUUCUUGAGUGUGUUACUAUUGGACAAAUUGGUUUUUGUUUAAUGUUCUGUUUUGGUUUUACUUUUCUUGUUCAGUGCUUCUAAAAUCUAAACUGAUAUUUUCUGUAAGUGGUUCAGGACGCAAGAAGUUUUGAAUCGCAUUAAAUUCUCGUUCUUAUA